AUGACCUUCAUCACCGUCGCUAGCGCCACGCUUCCCAGCGUGCCGCUGGACUUCCAGGGGAAUCUUCAGAGAAUCCUGGAAAGUAUCCGACUUGCGAAGGCCCAAGGAGCCAGACUUCGCACUGGACCUGAAUUGGAAGUUCCUGGUUAUGGAUGUCUCGAUCAUCACCUCGAAGGUGAUACCUUUUUCCACAGCUGGGAGGUAGUUGCCCAGAUUCUCAACGAUCCUGUGACGAAAGAUAUGCUCGUCGACGUAGGUAUGGGCGUGAGACAUCGGAAUGUGCGUUACAACUGCCGCAUUCUGCUUACAUACCAAAAAAUCUUCUUCAUCCGACCUAAAAUGAGCCUUGCCAAUGAUGGACUGUACCGGGAGGCCCGUCAUUUCACAGCUUGGGUCAAGCCGAGAACGGUUGAAACGUACUAUCUUGAGCAGAUCAUACGCGACAUUACUGGACAGAAAACUGUACCAAUUGGAGAUGCGGUGCUUUCCACAUUAGACACGUCCGUGGGCUGUGAGACAUGCGAGGAACUUUUUACUCCACUGAAUCCAUCUACCCAUAUGGGACUCAACGGCGUGGAAGUCAUUGUCAAUUCAAGUGCCUCCCACGCCGAGCUGAGGAAGCUAAACACGAGACUCUCCCUGAUCCAGAAUUGCACGCGGAAGCUUGGAGGAAUUUACAUCUAUGCUAACGCAACUGGAGUUGAUGGCGAGGCCAGAAUGAUGUUUGACGGCUCAUCAAUGAUUUUGAGCAACGGUCGUGUGAUGAACCAAUCCGCCCAAUACUCCUUGAAGCCUGUCGAGGUCAUCACUGCGACAAUUGAUCUCGAAGAGGUCCGCAGUUACAGGAGCAGCAUAUCGCGAAACGUACAAGGCGCGGCGCAGCCAGACUACCCCCGUAUCGACUGUGAUCUAUGUCUAUCCUGUCCCGCCGACGAGGUUUUACUCUCAAACACCUUGCAACUGUCGCGAGAAAUUUCGCUCCAGAUUCUCGACCCGAUGGAAGAAAUCUAUCGAGCUGAGGCGGCAUUUCUGUGGCAGUAUCUCACCCGCUCGAACGCUGCGGGCUAUUUCCUCGCUCUUUCUGGAGGUCUCGACAGCGCCACCGUCGCGCUCUUUGUUUUCGGCAUGGCCAAGGUGGUUUUAGACUCGAUCAACUCAGGGGACAGCAACACACUGGCGGAUUUGCGUCGAAUUACGGGCGAGCCAACCCUCACCGUCAAAACACCGCAGGACAUUGUAAAGAGGCUCCUGCACACAUGCUAUAUGGCGGCACAACACAGCGGGGACCUAACGAGAUCGCGCUCCAGACGACUAGCCGAGAGUAUCGGUGGGUAUCACUCCGACGUCAACAUCGACGGUACUGUUGCCGCACACGAGAAAAUCGUGGAACAGGCCUUGAACUUUAAGCCAAGAUUUCAAGUUGAGGGAGGAAGCCGUGCAGAGAACCUUGCAAAACAGAACAUCCAAGCUCGAAACAGAAUGGUCAUUGCAUACGAGAUGGCGCAGCUUAGCACCACAGCUCGGAAACUGCCACGGGCUGGUGCAAGUCUACUAGUCAUGUCAUCGGCCAAUGUCGACGAAGCUCUCCGAGGGUACUUAACCAAAUAUGACUGCUCGUCUGGAGACAUUGCGCCAUUGGGGAGUAUAUCGAAAUCAGAUGCCCGAGCGUUUCUGGCCUGGGCACGUGAGAAGUGGGAUAUGCCGAUCAUAACGGAAUUCAUCGAUGCGCGUCCAACGGCCGAGCUUCUGCCCCUUUCCGCUGGGGAGCAAGACGACGAAUCCGAGGCUGAGAUGGGACUGACCUAUGACGAACUGAGCACUUUUGGAGUUCUCCGCAAGGUGGAAAAGCUUGGCCCGUGGUCUUGUUACUUGCGACUCUUGAUUGAGUGGCAAGAUCGGCCUGGAUUCGGGCCUCAGCAAGUAGCAACCAAGGUCCAGCGCUUCUUCCGUUACUAUCCGGAUUGGGGACUGCCAUCCAUGGAUGAGAUGCUCUGGGCGUGGUUCAUGUGA